GGCGCCUCAUCAUGUAUCUGCCUAGGUCGACAGACUACGCAUGAAGGAGUUGGAAAGACUGGAGGCUGCGUCUUCGUGUUGUUGACGCCCGGUGUCCAAUGCGCAACUGCAGCAUACUGGCAGUGGAAGGACGAGGGGAUAUCCGUGCCCAAAGUCGCGCCCGUAUUCAAGGACACGUAAAUUGCACAGAUCUUGUACACCAAUCAGCAUCAGAGACUCAAGAAUCGUCGCGUCUUGCCCAUCCUGCCCUUUCAAGAUCACCAAGCUUGCCGGGACCCGAGCAAGAUUGGCUUGAAGCUCCUGAACACGCAGAGUGCUUCAUCGACCCACCCUCGCAGACUAAGUGUCAUUGCCAUUCUGAUCUCGUCACCUCACUCCCUCGACCUCGACUUAGCCCCUUGGUGGCUAUGCUGCUAUUUCACUUGUUGUUUGCUAUGUGUGGAUUGCUGUCACGGCUCGUGGGUGCGCAGGUCUCGUUGUCUAAUCAUCGACGGCAGGAUGCAUUCUCUUGCGAAGCAACAGUAGGACCCCCAACUUGUCCUGAUGGCGCGCCUGUGCAACAAAAGCCGUCCUCGGAAUCCACACCUAACGGCUGUGGUGAUGCGCACCAUGAACUUCUCACGACAUUUUUGAAUGCGGUGGUUCCACAUUUCGUCGAUGCUUGCAAUCAACACGAUGUAUGCUACGGUGAGUGCGGAAGUCUUAUUCUCGGACCUCAGAACUGAGUAGUCACUCCAUCAAUCCUACAUUCUGCACACCAGGAAUUUGUGGGGCAGACUUUGACAUUUGCAACGCCGAGCUGAGGACAAAUUUGAAGUCCGUCUGCGAUUCAUCCGACUUCCUCGACGAUGACUGCGGAGAUGGCGAAGAUGACUUAAGCAGCGCUUGUAGGGCCGCAAAGCAAGCUCAAUGUCGAUCAGAAGCAGAUAUCAUGUGGGCUGCCUUGAAGGUAAGGAAAGCCAUUCUUUGUACUUUCCCGACUACAGCUUCUUUGAUGAUG